GUGUAAAAAAAUACUCCAAGCCAAAUGAACCAAUUUGGAAUUUGGAAUGUCUAACCCUCCAACACGGACAAAAUUAGUAAACGAUCCAAAAAAAAUAUUUAUUGUUUAUAAAUUAGGUUUUUUUCAUAAUAAAUAUUAAUAAAAAAUUCAAAACACCAUGACGGAAAAGAUCACCCUUGCGGAUGCUCUAUCCAACGUGGAAGUUCUGGAUGAGUUGUCGCUGCCCGACGAACAACCAUGCAUCGAAGCCCAACCUUGUUCGAUUAUUUACAAAGCUAAUUUUGAUACAAAUUUCGAAGAUCGCAAUGGAUUUGUCACGGGAGUUGCUAAAUACAUUGAGGAAGCUACAACUCAUGCUAAUUUGAAUGUUCUUCUAGAUGAAGGACAAAAACAUGCUGUCAUGUUAUACACUUGGAGAUGUUGUUCCCGGGCAAUUCCACAACCAAAAUCAAAUGAACAACCUAAUCGAGUUGAGAUUUAUGAGAAAACUGUGGAGGUGCUUGCUCCAGAAGUUAAUAAGCUGUUGAAUUUUAUGUAUUUUCAGCGCAAAGCUAUUGACGCAUUCUCCGGCGAAGUUAAACGCUUAUGUCAUGCAGAGAAACGCAAAGAUUUUGUCUCCGAAGCAUACCUUCUAACCUUGGGAAAAUUCAUCAACAUGUUUGCAGUUCUUGAUGAAUUGAAAAACAUGAAAUCGAGUGUGAAAAAUGACUAUAGUACAUACCGAAGGGCUGCUCAAUUUCUAAAAGUCAUGUCCGAUUCUCAUACAUUGCAAGAAUCUCAAAAUCUAUCAAUGUUCUUGGCAACACAAAAUAAAAUUCGAGACACUGUCAAAGACACUCUCGAAAAAAUCCCCGGCUAUGAGGAUUUACUUUCAGAUGUAGUAAACAUCUGUGUACAUAUGUUCGAAACAAAAAUGUAUUUAACUCCCGAAGAAAAGCAUAUGCUUGUUAAAGUCAUGGGCUUUGGUCUCUUUUUGAUGGACUCAGAUGGUUGCAAUAUCAACAAAUUGGAUCAGAAGAAAAAGAUCCGCUUGGAUAGAAUUGAUCGUAUUUUCAAAAAUCUAGAAGUUGUCCCACUCUUUGGGGACAUGCAAAUUGCUCCAUUUAAUUAUAUUAAACGCAGCAAACACUUUGAUGCCAGUAAAUGGCCACUUUCAAGCUCCACAGCAACCAGUCCACAGGCCGAUUUGAUGGUACAUUUGCCACAAAUUCGAGAAGAUCAUGUUAAGUAUAUAUCCGAGCUGGCUCGAUACACAAAUGAGGUGACAACAACUGUGAAGGAAAAUCCUUCUGAUCUUGAAAAUCGUUGCACUUCAGAUUUGGCUUUGCGGGGCUUGCAAUUGCUCUCAGAGUGGACAAGUGUAGUAACGGAAUUGUACUCGUGGAAGUUGCUUCAUCCAACCGAUCAUCAUCAGAAUAAAGAAUGUCCCGUUGAAGCGGAAGAGUAUGAACGAGCUACUCGUUAUAAUUAUACAUCCGAGGAGAAGUUUGCUCUAAUUGAAGUUAUUGCCAUGAUAAAGGGACUCCAAGUCCUUAUGGCUCGUAUAGAGACCGUUUUGUGUGAAGCUAUACGCCGAAAUAUCUAUUCGGAACUGCAAGACUUUGUUCAGUUGACACUCCGAGAACCGUUACGAAAGGCCGUUAAAAACAAAAAAGAUCUCAUCAGAAGUAUCAUAAUGUCAGUGAGAGAGACCUCAUCCGAUUGGCAAAAAGGCUAUGAACCAUCUGAUGAUCCAGCUUCCAAGGGAAAGAAAGAUCCCGAUGGAGGUUUUCGCAUCCAUGUGCCACGUUUGAAUGUUGGUCCAUCAUCGACACAACUCUACAUGGUGCGAACCAUGUUGGAGUCUCUUAUCGCCGAUAAAAGUGGUGGCAAAAGGACCCUUCGCAAGGACAUCGAUGGCAAUUGCUUGAUGCAAAUUGAUUCGUUCCAUAAGACUUCGUUCUACUGGAGUUAUUUGCUGAAUUUCAGUGACACAUUGCAAAAGUGUUGCGAUUUAUCACAACUUUGGUAUCGAGAGUUCUAUCUGGAAAUGACCAUGGGAAGGAAAGUGAACAAAUGUCUGGUUCGUCAUCAACACAACGAGGAAUGCAAAGAUUUGAUAACAAUGGAGAAGCGAAUUCAGUUCCCUAUUGAAAUGUCGAUGCCUUGGAUAUUAACGGAUCAUAUAUUGCAAACGAAGGAGCCAUCUAUGAUGGAAUUCGUUUUAUAUCCAUUGGAUUUGUACAACGAUUCAGCACACUAUGCGCUGACUGUCUUCCGUAAACAGUUUUUAUACGAUGAAGUCGAGGCUGAAGUUAACUUGUGCUUUGAUCAAUUUGUGUAUAAACUGAGUGAACAAAUAUUUGCUCAUUAUAAACAAUUAGCUGGAAGUAUGUUUUUGGAUAAGCGAUUCCGCUUGGAAUGUGAAGUUCUUGGAUUUAAUUUUCAAUCGUAUCCAAGAAAUAAUCGUUAUGAAACUUUAUUGAAGCAAAGACAUGUCCAGUUACUUGGACGCUCAAUUGAUUUAAAUAAACUUAUUACACAACGUAUUAAUGCAAAUAUGCAUAAGAGCAUCGAAUUGGCUAUUUCUCGUUUCGAAGCAAAUGAUAUAACUGGAAUUGUGGAAUUAGACGGUCUACUUGAAGCCAACCGUAUAUGCCAUAAACUGUUAAGUAAAUGGUUAGCAAUGGAUAAUUUCGAUGGAAUGGUUAAAGAAGCCAAUCAUAAUGUCCUCGCCCCAUACGGCCGUAUAACGUUACACGUUUUUGUCGAAUUAAACUAUGAUUUCUUAUCAAAUUAUUGUUACAAUGCAGCAACCAAUAGAUUUGUGCGCAGCAAAGUCAAUUUAUCUUCCUCUCAAGCUAUUCAGCGUGAGAAACCACCACAAAUGUCUCACUAUUACUUGUGGGGUUCGAAACAACUGAAUGCCGCUUACUCAACUCAAUACGGCCAAUAUGCUGGUUUUGUUGGUGCCCCUCACUUCCAUGGAAUGUGCCGCCUACUUGGCUAUCAAGGAAUUGCUGUUGUAAUGGACAUCAUUCUCAAAGAUAUCGUCAAACCUCUCAUACAGGGAAGUCUACUACAAUUUACCAAAACCCUUAUGAGUGCAAUGCCAAAGUCAUGUAAAUUGCCACGAUGUGAAUAUGGUUCGCCGGGUGUGUUAAGCUAUUAUCAGGCCCAUUUAACAGACAUUGUGCAAUAUCCUGACACAAAAACUGAACUCUUCCAAUCAUUCCGAGAAUUUGGAAAUUGCGUUAUAUUUUGCCUGCUAAUUGAACAAGCUCUAUCACAAGAAGAAGUUUGUGAUUUGUUGCAUGCUGCUCUUUUCCAAAAUAUUUUCCCAAGACCAUUUUGUAAAGAAAAUGAAAAACCUGAAGCCAAACAAAAACGAUUAGAAGCUCAAUUUGCGAAUUUGCAAAUUGUCUCCAAUGUGGAAAAACUUGGUUCAGCUAAACAAGCAAUGAUUGCCAGAGAGGGUGACCUUUUAACCAGAGAACGACUCUGUUGUGGAUUGAGCAUUUUUGAAGUCAUCCUCAAUCGUAUCAAAAGCUAUUUGGACGAUCCUGUGUGGGUGGGGCCACCGCCAGCCAAUGGAAUUAUUCAUGUUGACGAAUGCUCGGAAUUCCAUCGUCUUUGGUCAGCCUUGCAAUUUGUCUAUUGCAUUCCAGUGAGAGGAACCGAAUACACAAUUGAAGAGCUAUUCGGCGAAGGUCUGAACUGGGCUGGUUGCGCUAUGAUUGUUCUACUGGGACAACAGAGACGUUUCGAGGCUUUAGAUUUUUGUUAUCACAUUUUAAGAAUACAACGAGUGGAUGGAAAAGAUCAAGAUGUCAAUGGAAUUAAAUUAAAACGAAUGGUUGAUCGAAUUCGUCGUUUCCAAGUUCUCAACUCUCAAGUAUUUGCUGUUCUUAAUAAAUAUCUUAAAAGUGGCGAUGGUGAAGGUUCGAAUGUUGAACAUGUUCGUUGUUUCCCACCACCUCAGCAUCCAUCGAUGGUAUCGUCACACUAUCAAGAUCCAAAUAAGCUUCGCCAGAGUCUGAAUAAUUAAAUAUUCUCUACGAAUGUAUAUCAUCCUUGGUCUUCUUAAUUAUCAAAUCUAUCUAUCGAUCUAUUUUAUGCUACCUUGCAGAAAUGUGCAUUUUUCUUAUAAUGACAACACUUUUUUUAUAAUUAUUAUUACAAAAUAUAUAUAUAUACAAAUAUAUUAUAAUAUUAUUAUGAAUUUAUUUUAAGAUCAAAAUAUUGAUUUACAUAAUAUAUUCGAGAUUUUUUUUUUUUUUUUGUAUUAUUCUAAUUUGUUAAGAGAAAGUUUUUAUAUUAAGAUGUUAAGUGAAUAAUGACUAAAUACCUACCUACAUUUAUUAUAUACAUUUGUAUUUUGUUUCUAUUUCUUAUUUUUCAUUUCAGUAUUUUCAUACGUAUUUUUUUUUUUUUUUUGUAUUUUUUUCUUUUAUUGUUCCCAAUUUUAUCUAUAAAAAAAUCUAUCGAAAGUAUGUAAGAAUAAAAGAGUAAUAGAAUGAAUAAUAAUAAAUUAUACACCAAUUAAUAAUUAUUGUAUAACAAAUUAAUUUUAAUAAUUUAUAAGUGAGGUUUGCGGCGUCGUUAUAAAACUGCCGUUUUGUAUGACUCAUUGUGGGAAAAAUUUGUUUUCUAAAAAACAAAUGGACACAUGUACGACACAAUAAUUAUA